GUUUCCUGAGUACGAGAAGCAGUUGACUAAAUGAAAAAAGGAUAUGUUGAAUUCUAGUCUCUUAUUAUUGGAGUAAUCAGAUUUCCACGGCAUUUAUUGUUACUGUAUUCAAUGUUAGAUUAGAGAUUCCUAAAGUAUCAAGUCAUGCUUUUUCAAAGUGGAAAAUUUGCAACGCUCGUACUUUGUUUAGAAAUUGCCUUCAUUAUUAUAUAUGCCUUUGUCGUGACGUAUGAAAAAGAAGCUGACGUCAUUCGGGCGAAUAGCACAAUUAAAGAUGUGGAUAAUCGAAAUACAAUUGAAGAUUAUUAUGCAAUGUUUCAAGAUGUGAACGUUAUGAUCUUUAUCGGCUUCGGAUUUCUUAUGACUUUUAUGAAAAAAUACGGCUACAGCGCUGUUGGAUUAAACUUCUUGCUUGCCGCAAUUUCCAUUCAGUGGGCCAUAAUCAUGCAAGGAGUUUGGAAAAUGCAGAACGGAAAGAUUCCUAUCAACAUUACUAAUUUAAUUAAUGGAAACUUUGCUUCAGCAACUGUCCUUAUUUCGUACGGUGCGCUACUGGGCAAGGCAAGUCCUCUGCAACUGGUGGUGAUGUCGAUUAUAGAAAUAGCGAUAUUUGGUUGCAACGAGCAUCUUGGUGUUCAUAUUUUUAAGGCAGCUGACAUAGGUGGUUCAAUUUUCCUCCAUACUUUCGGAGCUUAUUUUGGACUUGCGGUAUCAUACAUGCUCUACAGGAAGGACUUCAAUGGUAGCAGCAAAGAAGGAGCAAAUUACCAUUCAGAUAUAUUUGCUAUGAUUGGCACGAUAUUCCUUUGGUUGUUCUGGCCAAGUUUCAAUUCAGCAAUGGCUGUAGGAUCGGAAAGACAUCGUAGUGUUAUUAAUACGUUUGCAGCGCUUCUUGCAUCCUGUGUCACGACAUUUUCGAUAUCUUCUCUUAUUGAUGAAGAGGGUAGACUAAGCAUGGUUCACAUUCAAAAUGCAACGUUAGCUGGAGGUGUAGCAAUUGGCUGUACUUCAAAUAUGAUACUGCACCCCUUUGGUUCUAUGAUUGUUGGAGCAUUAGCUGGAACAAUAUCAACAGCUGGCUAUCGAGCUCUUACGCCAUUUCUCUCUAAAAAGUUACGCAUUCAUGACACUUGUGGGGUGAAUAAUCUUCAUGGCAUGCCCGGUGUCUUCGCUGGUCUUGUAAGUGCUGUUGUUGCAUCGAUUGCCAAUGAAGAUUCCUACGGCUUAAGUUUAUACAGUUUGUAUCCUGCCAGAUCUCCUCUUUACAACAGCACUGAAUUCCACAGACUUCAUUCUUUGCUUCCCGAACUUGAGCCAGGGGCAGGAUGGACGGAAGCCAGUCAAGCUUAUGCGCAGCUAGAAGCUUUAUUUACCACAAUGGCUGUUGCAAUUUGUGGAGGCGUUGUUACAGGUUAUAUUAUCCGUCAUCGUGCCUUCAAUCCACCGAAGCUUCUACAACUAUAUGAUGAUAAUGAUUACUGGGAAGUUCCAGAUGACUGAAUGUUUGAAAAUUUUGCUUUUCAUGUUCUUUCAUUUACCUCGUUGACUUGCUUCAUUUCAGUGUUUUCUUCUUAAUUAACUUUACCUAUUGUUUGUAAAAAAAUGUUUCAGUGAAGAUUUGAUUGUCA